CUGGUGCGUGAAAUGUGUUGAAUAACGGCAUGUCCGAAAAAGCAAGCGGGAGAGACGGAGAGAAAAGGAAAAUUUGAGAGAUUGAUAAACUCAUUGCCCGUGUGGCGUUCGCGCGUCGUUCUAAACACGAGUUUCACCUCCACAAGUUUCAACUCGUUUUUUUUUCGUGUUGCUCUUUUUUCGUGCAUCAGACGGAGCAGAGUCUCAAUUCCAGAGACUCCGCACGCGAAUUCGGAUUUUCUAAGUGCGAUGCAACGGAGCAAGCGAGGCUGAAUCGUUUUUUUUUCGUAUCCGAGCCUCUGAGAGGCUAUGGCUGUGGUUCGUUAUAAUUCCGCGCUAAAUAAAUCUCCGUCAUUUCGUGAAAAAUGAAUAUUUUUUUCGUUACUCCAUGUUUAAUGCUAUCAAACUACGUGUUUAAAACGUGAAAAAAUCACUCCUUCAGACUGUGAUGAAAUAAUUGGCACACGUUGAAUCAUGGACGUCUCGGGAGAUUUGACGUUACAAUGGGUAGAGGAGGUUGGCAAUGUUAUUCACGAAGAAGUUAUAUGCGGCUUGGAAGCAGAAAUCCCUGCCACGGAGGAAGAGGUGAUCGGGGCUUGCGAGGAAGUUUCCAUGGAAGAAACCAUUCAAACUGUUCCAGACCAAACUCCGAGCGGUGAUUCAGAGCCUCUUCUAGUCCCACAGCCCUCCGACAUGGAAUCCAUCUACAUUGUGCCUCAGGAUCAGGGUCACGAUUACUUAAAUAUUCAAGUUACGGAGGAAGUUAUCACAGACAAUUGGGACAGAUCGGGGCCAGACGAUGGGGUGGAGAUACCGGAGACGAAAGUGUCUCAUGAUAAUUUGUUGGAGUACGACGACAUGGAAAUUCCAUUGCCGAUAGACCAGGAUUCGUACACGAACACGCGGCCGUAUCCGUGCGACUUUUGCAGUCGCAGGUUUCGUAAAAAGGCGAAUUUGAUGAAUCACAUGGUAGCACAUCAGACGGAUCGUCCACACGGUUGUAAUUUGUGCGGAGCGCGUUACGUGAGAAAAUGUGAUUUAAUGAAUCACUUGAAAAUCCACGCGUACGCGCCGUCCCGAGAUGGAUUGGAGGACGACAUGAACGACGAUGAUUCGUUGGCACAAGAUGAUGAGGAAACGACGAAGGGUCGCAGAAAAAAGAUGCAAUCGAGUGCACCCCGUAAACGUAAAAACAACACUGCCGUAGCGAAACGAAACCAUCAAAUGGAAGAUCCAAGCAAAAUGAUGGAAACGAGCAAACCUUUUGUCAGCAAAUCUUACGACUACGUCGACGAAGAUAUGAGAUUAUUGGAAGAAAUGACGAGCAGGAAUACGAGCGUAAGAGCGAGUGGUAAUUACGCUUCUAGCUCGAGGUGGACCGAGCACAUGUCGAGCAUUGAUAGCGAACCACAAGCACCUCGUUGGCCCAUAACCGAUCCAACGAAACCUUACGUUUGCCAAUACUGUGGCGUUGGUUUUGCUCGCGAGAAAGCUCUCGCUUCGCAUUCUCGUAUUCACGGGGGUGAUAGUCCUUUCGAAUGUACCAACUGUGGCGACAUGUUCUGGGAUAUGAACACGUUGCGCGAACAUAUACGUGUCAAACACGGCGGUGGUCAAGCCUUGACGACUUCUGUCGACGAAUUUGAUCCCAAUGACAAUACAACGUACACAGGCGACGAGAGAUUCGGCGAGUUUUACUGUGAUACUUGCGGCGUACCUUUUCAUCGCUUGGAUCUUCUCAAACGUCAUCGGAAAAUUCACGUCAAGCAAGAAGUAACCGAGGUCAUGGAUGGACCGAGUCAACAUCACGUUUGCAACGUUUGUGGCGAAUGGUUCGAAGAAGCUCUUGCGCUUCUAGCACAUGCCGAAUUACACGCAAGAUCGCCGACCCGUCGGUGUUUAUUAUGCGGUGAGCAAUGUCGCGACGAUGCCGAGGUAGCCGAACACGUUAGACAGAAUCAUGCGGAGGAUGCGCCACCAAAUACUUGCACAAUGUGCGGCAAAACUUGCAAGGACAAGAGAAGUCUCUUGAAACACUCAUGGGUUCACAAUGCCGAUAAAACCUUUGGUUGUACGAAAUGCGGCAAGCGUUUUCAUAGCAAAGCUAGACUACGCAGGCACAUGGUGUCUCAUCGCAACAAAAUGGUAGCGUGUGACGAGUGCGGCGAAGAAUUCCCAGACGGUAGAGCUCUUGUCAGCCAUCGCCAUUCGCACAACAAAGAUCUCGGUGGUAGGUCGUUCCCGUGUCGCGAAUGCGGUAAAACAUUCGGUAGUCGGAGCUCUCAACAGAUUCAUAUUCGUAUACACACCGGGGAGCGACCAUACGGCUGUAGGUUCUGUUGGAAGGCUUUCGCUGACGGUGGCACAUUGAGGAAACACGAGCGCAUACACACCGGUGAAAAGCCUUACGGUUGCGCGAUAUGCCCUCGAGCCUUUAAUCAACGGGUUGUUCUCCGGGAGCACGUGAGAGCCCAUCACUCAGGCCCAGAUCCCAAGUGUCACGGUAGCAUGACGCCGUACCUGUGCAAAGUAUGUGGCGACUCGUACGCGACGUCGGAAGAAAUAGUAGCGCAUAUAGUGCAGCACUGCGACGACAACACGGCGUUGCGUCGUCAGCCGCAGAUAGGACCGCGAAAAUAUAAGCGAAGACGUAAGCUAAAGCAGCACGACGUACCGAGUUUAUCGCUGCCGGUGCGAGGAACAGUAAAUGAGAAUUUCAACGUCCUCGAGGCCGCGUCGGACUCGGACGACAACACGAAACGCAAGUUGGGCCGAAAGAACAAGCAACGCUCGAGCGUGGAGGACGGUUAUCAAAAUGUUCUCAAGAGCUUCGAAUCAUCGUUGCAAAAUAUAAAUUCAAUCGUGAGUAACACGAAAUUAAAGCCAUCGAAGUCGAAAAUAUCGAAGAAAAAUGCAAAGAACAAAGCGAGCUUGGGUGAGGAGAAAAAGAGCGAAACUCAAACGUCAGGACAACCGGGCCGGCCGAAAAUGAUUCAUACCCAAAAGACCCGAGUCCCUGUCGAGGUGGGUACGGACGGUGUGAAAAAGGGUCAAAAAACGAAAACCCUGGUCACGAGAACUCCCAAGGUAAUGCCAAACGAGCACAAACUCGGUUUGUUCGCCGGCGGCGAGAGGAAUCGUCCGAGAACAAAGAACGUGAGUUAUCACGUUGAGGGUAAAUCGCAAGUAACACCGGCUACAUUCCCGAAGCAAAAGGAGGAGGAAUCGAGCUUCAUCGCGAAGGAGAACGAUCCGAGCGAGGAACAGUCAUUGAUGACGAGCGAGGAUUUCCCGAUGACUAAAUCCUCCCCGCAGACUGGAUCGAAACGUUUGGCCGCGAACAAUCACACGAAUAGCAAUAACAACGGUAACUUAUUAGGAAUGAACGAUACAAGAGAAAACUCUCUGACGCCAACGACCAGAAAGCGCACCGGUGUCGCUAAGCGAGUCAAAAAGAUAAAACAUGUUUCGAUAAAACAAGAGCCCAUCGAGCACAGCGAAGAUAACGACAUGGAAAUUCGCGACAACAAUAAUUCCGGCGAUAUCGUUAAUUCUACGAGCUUCAGCAACGAACCCACCAUUUCCGCUGAUAAUCCGCUCUUCGAGCCCAGAAUUUUAAACGCUCGCGAAGAGUCCAUCUUACCCGAUCUCGAUGACGACAUUCAACACCGACGAGAACCUUUCGUCAAACCUGGAAAAAUUAAAAUCAGCCUUCAAGUCGAGGCUGCCGCACCAAGAAUGCAUAUUCAAGUUCCCCCACGCGGUGUUACGAUAAACCCCGUCGAGGACAUACCCGAGACCAUUAUUCCCGAUACCCUCGAGUACACGUGUGAAAUGUGCGCCGCUGUUUUCGGAAGCCGGGCCGAACUACUCAUACACGUACCUAUACAUAUUUGAUUCCAUUGUCUCGAGGCAGGAUAAUUCUUCAUUUUCCCGCCGUCCAAAAACAGCUUUCCUACUUUGAACAAGCUCCGCGUCAUUCGCACUAAAUUCACGCGACACUCGUCGAAAACACACAACAACGCAGACACUAAGUUUAUCGACAAUUUUCGUUAGUUUGGAAGGGGAUUGUUUGAUUCAAUCAACUAAACUUUUUGUCCUCUGGGAAGAGAAAGUUUUUCCAAAGCUUAUAUUUUCACCGUUCGUACUUGACGAGAUAUUAUUUAUUAUUGUUUUUAUCCAGCUCUGAUACCCUUCCGGGAAUUGCUUGAAAAUAGAUGUUCAGAUCCGAGAUAAAACUUUCGCGUUUUUUACUAAAGAAUUUAUAUUCGAAUUAACGAAAGGUCCAAUCCCUAAACUCACUCCCCUCGUAGCGUCUCGUUUCUUCAAUUUCUUUUCAUCACGCAUCAUCGAUACAAGCUCUGACUCGACGCUCGCGAAACGAACAAUUUUCACUGAGAGAUAAGAACACGACUUGGAUCUGAAUAAAAAUACGGCUGAGCAGAUUUCACUGCUCAGUUUGUUGAUGCAAAGACGAGAGACAAAAGAGAAGACGAAACCUAUAAACCGAGUGAUAGAAUCGUUUGUUUCGACCCUCGUCAUUUCCGUGGGUUAUCAGAAUAUUAUUCAUUAUUAAUUAUGUUCAUUAUUGAUAUUACGAUUAUCACACUAUUAUUAUUAUUAUUAUUAUUACGUGGUUUCUUUCGUGUAUUCUAUUUUUCAAUGAAUUCUCAUCGUCUUUUUUAAAUAGUUUGUCAUUCGAGUUGAAUUUGCCAUCGUAUAUGUUUCCGAAAUGCGAUAAAACGUUAGCCCGCCCAUUUUCCUUUCUUUUUACAUUUUAUUCCUGUUGGAUAUCGGAAUCGCGCGCACAAAUAUUCGUUACCGCGUCACGGUUCUGGCGAAAGGAGAAAAAAUAUCGGCAAUUUAUUCAUUUUAAUCGAAAAACUGUCAGUUUUUCUUCUUUCCGUUAUUUCGAAUGAUCGAUCUUCCCCGUCUCCCUGCCAAAGCAUGUACGAGAUUUGUCAAAUGUACAGAAUUCACGAAUUCUCGAAGCGUGUAUCGUGCCCUAAUCAUAUAUUUCAUUGAGGCGAAAAAUAAAUGAAAUAAUAAUAAUACAAAUAGGCGUAACUUUUCAAACGUAGCUAUAAAUUUUCUAUCAAAUUGAACACAACGUCGACUAAUGUGAAUCGGAGAAUUUUCUUUCUCCCACCAAAUUGGAAUAUUCGAUCUGAUCGGAUUCGGUUAAUGUCUCGAGGUUCCGCGAUUCUUGUGAAUUUUAAUUGUACAAAAAAAUCCACCUGAAACAUCACAUUCUCUAGAAUAAGUAAAUUCUUUCGAUUUUCAUGAAUGAAAGGUCCAAAACGUCAUCGUGAAAUUUCUGGCUUUACGAAAUUUUGACGAAAUAUAUACGAGUGUGUGCGUUGCUUUGAAGAAAAACAAAUAAUUCUUUUGAAAUAAAUAAAAACUAUUGGCUCUCAACGCGUUCCCCAAAUGGGGUAGAACUCAUUUUUAAUUCGAUGGAUCCCAUCGGCUGAGAAAUUAACUGAAUCUUAUCGAAGGCGAGUGGAAGAACAAAACAUUUGCAUAUAAAACAGAAGAAAAAAGUACAAUGUAUCAUAGACAGAGUGACAGAAAAACAAAAUGUAGAAAUUUCGGACAUUCCACUCGCGAAAAACAAUAAGCGGAAGUGAAGAAAAAAGUAAGAUAAAGAAACUAAAGAGAGUGAGAGAGAUCCUACAUACUAAAGCAAAAUUAAUAUCUAAGACAUUAGUUUUGCUGUGCUAUUUUAUACUGUUUAUAUGAACCGGAAAAAAAUUCGAGUGCGAUGAUUGUUCGUCCAUUCGUUUAAAAGAAUGACGAACGUUUGGCGAUUCUGUUGAUAAAGAAAAAUAACAUAAUUAGGGAAGGAGAAAUGAAGAGAGAGAGAGAGAGAGAGAGAGAAAAAAAUUCUUAGUACAAAAUCAAACGAAAGCUCUGAUUGCUAUGAAUUUAGUAUCUUGCCUUACUUGUACAUUUGUAGCGAGGAAACAACUCUUUCUAAAUCGAAAAACAAAAGAAUAAGAAUGAUAGCAGACAUUGAAAAUGAAAAGUGAGGAUCGAGGAGAAGAAGAAACGAGCGAACUUGUUUUACUUCAUAAGCCUAUGUAAAUAGAUAUUUACAUAAACCAAAAAAACGUUCAUACUCCAAUGCGGUUUUGGGACGUUUGUGAUCUACAUUUUCGAGCCCCUCGAUUAAACAUUUCACAUGAACAAUUUUUAUCCACAGUAAGUAGAGAAAGAGAAUUCAAGAGUGAGAAUAAUUCAUCACACAGCGCAGGAGAGAACUUUGUGUCAAAACACACAGAGACGGAGAGAAGGAAGAAGAGUUGAAAAAUAUUAAAACAAAAGCAUCGAGACAAAUUUUUAAUACGAUCGUUUGUAAGAGAUGAGAAUUGAAGAUAUAAGAAGAAAGCAAAGGAAAAGAUUUAUUUGCGCGAUUGUGAAUAAUCAUGAAUCUUGUAAGUAACUGUGCUUUAUCUUUGAAUAACUUCGUAAGUUAACAAUAACUAUAAUUAAUAACGUUAUGCGUAUAGUAUAUAAUUGAUAUAUAAAUAUGAAUCUAUAUAUAAAUAUAUAUACUGUAUGUAUAUACAAAAAAUAACAUAUAAUAUACGAAAAAUGUUGCAUGAUUAAAUUUUAAUUGAAAAGCAUAAACAAGAAGACGAUCGAAUUGGAGAAAUCUUACGAUUUAUAUAAAUAAACUAGAAUAUAGUAGAGUAUAUAUAUAAACACAUCAAAUGACUAGUUAAAAAAAAAACAAAAUUAUUAUAGAGCUGUUCUGUAAUAAGCCUCGUAGUUAACCCACACACACACACACACACGAAGACACACAAACACAGAAAUAAGCCCACAAUACACAACGUAGGACGAUCGAUGGAGCCAGAAAUUUCUGGCAUCGUUAUCUUUAUUAUUAAUAAACAAUAUACAAGAAUGGAUCAUCAGCUGGAGAAUGAUAAUGAGAAAAAAGAGGAAAAUAUAAUGGAAAACCGUUUAGGGAGUAGACAAAGUGUACAUAUUAUCGAGACACGUGGUAUAUGAUGACGCAAUUUACUGUUUAUCGUAGUUGUAUUUUUCUUUGAAUAAAUCAUUAAUCGAUAA